AUGUGCAUUUUCCUCGACUAUAUUGGAGAAAAGCCUUUUGACAACAUUGCGAUAACGGAGCAUGGUACCGCAGGUUUCCGGCAGUCGAUCACUGUAGAAAUCUUACCGGACUUAUGUCAUCUGCAAUCCACGGACUGUGUGCAGAUAUGUGAUCAUGAUAUUGUAACGCCGGAAAUCCAAUCUGCAAUUCCUGCCUGCAGUGAUGCCGGCAAACUAAUGACGAUGUUGUGA